AGAAGGUCAUACUAAACAAUGACAUUGUAUCAGUGAUACUCUAGGUGGCUGUGUCACACGAAUUCAACAUCACAACAGCAUUCCUGAGCAACUGAGCAUGUGAUCAUUUUUUCUGGAUGACUGCAUAUCUAGCUUACCAUACAGACUUUAAAACUUCACUCUUCAAAGUCAUGAAUAUUCAACGAUCAGCAGGGUGUGUAACUGAAGACCAGCAGUAUACUUGUGAAUGACUUCCUGAUCCAGAGAGUGUCUACCAGCAGAGUUCCGGGAUCUUGUUUUCCGGUGGAUCUAGGCCAUACACUUGGUGAAUCUCGUUGAGAAAACUUCUACUGGCUCUCUGGAGUACUGUAGAUUCACAAUUAAAGAGUUUUUCGAAGAAGAGUGGUCUAAUUCAGUGAUUAUAAUUUCCAGUUAUAGGACACUAUGGGAGAUGUAAACUGUAAUGAAGACAAUUCAUCCGAUUCAGAUAACAAUGCUGAUGCUACCACCAUGGCGGAUUCUGGAUUUAAUUCCAGAGGAAUCGGGCUCAGAGCUCAAAAGAAGGUUCUAAGCAAAAUGGCUACAAAGAAGAUUGCGAAGGCAUUUAUAGAUGACACAAUGGGUGAAUUGCUGGAUGCCGGCUAUCAACUCUGUAAGGAUUAUAUUGUGACCAUAAAGGGUGGCAGCAAGAAAGAGGCCGAGAAAGUUAUCAAAAACAUCAUUAAGGUUACUGUUAAAAUUGGCGUGUUGUACAAACACGAUCAAUUUAAUCAGGAUGAACUGCUGAUUGCCGAGGAGUUUCGCAAAAAAUUUCGUUCGACGAUCAUGACUUUUGUCAGCUUCUAUGAGGUGGACUUCAGUUUUGAUAAAAACUAUCUCAUGAAAUCGCUCAACGAAUGCCGAGAUAAACUUAGGAGAUUAGUCAAGCGUCAUCUAACUGAGAAAUCAUUGAAUCGAAUCGAUCAUGUCUUCAACUUCUUUGCCGACGGAGAAUUUUUAGAAACAGUGUUUGAGUCCGACACUAAAUGCCGAAUUCACUUAAACCAGAUUGUAAAAGGAUUUAAUAAAUUGUUGGAAGAGGAAGGGAUUUAAAAUUAUCCAAGAUGCUUCCACGUUAACCUACGAAGAACAAUCGCAAUCCUGACAUCAGUAGAAAAAGUCGUAAAAUACGCAGGAAUGACGGCAGCAACAACCAUACAAAGGAAAGAUAUGUUAUUGUUGACAAUGUUUGCCUUUAUUUGAUGCUUCCAUUUGGAGAAUGAUUUGUACUCCAUUCCAUUCGCACACUUAACUAGAACUUAGAGACCAAUAUGUAAAAACCUGAAGUAAUAAACCUAACAGAGAGUACUUCUAUCAUUGUUUUGUAUGGAUGAACAUAUACUAGAUACAUUUAAUAUAUAGGGAAUUUGUGUUUAUUAUACUAUUAUAGUGUAGUUUCAGUAGGCUUAUGUUUCAAAAAGAUAUUUUGUAUCCAACGAGUAUCAGCAAGCAAUAAUCAACAGACAGUGAGUAAGUCCCUGCAGUUUCACUUCUCAAAACCAUCAAUGUAUUCAGUAAUACAUCUUAUGAAUCACAAUGGCUUGCAGACAUUGAAAAGUAUGAAGUAAAAUAUGACUGGCGGUAGCAACGUGGUUAAUUGUUAUGUCAUCUAAAGUUAUGCAUUUUCUUCGUAUAUAAUGACUUACGAAUUCCAGUAUGCCAGUUUCAUUUCUGCUGUCUUUGACAUGAAGUUCUAUAAAAUAACGUACGGUUUUGCUUUAAUAUACGACAACAAAACAUCAACAGGAAUAAGUCGCUAUAACAAUCCAAAACUCAUUUAUCUGAGAAUGUAUAUGUUCUCAGUUCUUUUACAUUUUUCUUUUAAAUGGUGCUUAUUUGAGUUUGGAAAUGAAAGUGUAAAGAAAAUAUAUAAAUGUGUAUAGAAAUUGUUGAAAAUACUAUACAUUUUUUAAAGGUACGUACUGUACAUAAUAUGGUUUAUUUUCAGCAUUAAAUUCAUUUUGUAUGGAAAUGAUAUUUGAUGGAAACAAAUGUAUGGCUUUUUGUGAUAGGAAAGUCAUAUGAACAGUGAAUUCAGUGAAAAAAAUAAAAAUAUGGAUUCUGGUGAACCAGUGACAUUCCAAACUCCCUUUUCACAUUGGAAACUGAGGUACACUGUUGAAUGGUUGUGCUUAGUACACUAUAUUAUCUCUUUGUUUCAGUUUUUUUCCUCAUCAUAAGGCUCUUCCUAGGCCCCCUAAGAAGUUACUGUGGUGUUCCAAAUGUCACUGCUUCAAAUCCCAGAGUAAUCCAUAUUUUCUUUGCUUCUCUGACCAUGCUGGAAUUUACCAUCAUGUUCAAUUUUUGCUAAUGCUUCUGUAAUAAUUUUGGUAAACCCAUUUCUUAUUAUUUCUUGCUCUACUUAAUAUUAAGUAACAUACCUGGAAGUAAGGCAACAAGUCUUUAUAAUAUCCAAGUGCAGAGGUCAACCUAAUGUAUAUAUGGAUGCUAUGGUAUUCAAGUAGUGAUUCACUUUUUGCUGAUAAUCAAAAAUAUGCAAUUAAUAUUAUAAUUGUUGUUAUUAUAAAACCAAUAAACAUUGUUUUAUAGUCAUAUGUUACAUGCUUAUGUCAACAGGAAAUGGGAUUAUAAAAUUUAUUGGUGGCUCAUUCAACUUUUGCUGUCUUUCCCACCUAAAACAGCCAUCUACUGAAAUGUCAAACUUAUUGUUUGUAUUUUCCUUGCAAUAUAGAAUGGUGCUAGAAAAAUCAAAUGACUUUCACUUCCAGAUGGAUCACCAACGAUAGAUCACUAUCCCACUGCAUGUUUGUUUUAUUCUAGUUCCUCUUUCUUUUUCUAAUGCUUGACAUGAGUUUAUGAGAGGAAAGUUGAUAUCUGUGAGAUGGAAGAUUAGAUGUCAUAUCUAAUCACAUUGGUUUUUUGUUUUUACCAUGAAGUACAGAUUACAUUACUAGACUUCAGUUACAUUUUUACAGUGUUUUUUUUUAUCUGUAGGGUAUUGAUCAAGUAUGAGGGGAUAUUGUUCUGUUCUCAUUUCACAUUUGAAUAAUUUUCAAAGAAAUAAUUAUAAAAUUUAAUUGUUUUCGGUAUUUGCCUGCAUUAAUUUAAUCAUUUCCUCUUGUUUUUUUCUUCUCUUUGUUGUCGUAUGGCACAGUUAGCUAUUCUAGGCAACAAUUUGUUCCCUCGAAAUAAUUAAUUCCCUUAGGGUGAAAUCGGUGAUCCAAAAUUUUCCCCUAUAGUAAAAUUCAUCUCUCUUUUUAACAAAGGGAGAACAUUUCUUUUGCGAUGUGAGAAAUUUGUUCAAUGAGUUAUGGUUAAUUAACUAUCCUAUAAAUAACUGUAGACACCAAACAUUUUAAUUAAUUGUUAGAUUACAAACAAUGAAAAAUAUGUUCAUUAUAACUGAUAUGCAUCUCUUAAAAUGUUAAACAGUGCGUUAUAUUUCGAUGUACAGUUUUCACAAUCAAUGCUUUGCCAUAAAGGCCUAUGCUGUUUAUCCAUAUGUAGUUUUGUAAUAUAUUUUUUAUUGCUUUAUAUGGUUAAAAUAUAUAAAUUAAUACUAGGACAUUAAAUUUGGUAAGUGUACUGACAUUUUUGUUUAUUAUAUUUUCAACAAUAUUUUGUGACGGUUUAGUAACAAAAAUGUAGGUAUAACAUGGUUUACAAAUAUGCUUUUUCCAUUCAUUUGCGUUGAGUCGCUAGCAACUAACCAAUCACAGAAUGGAAACUGAUGUGUUAUAGGCUAUUGUGGAGCUUUGUUUAUACAUGAGCUUGGUAUGAAAUGAUUAUAACAUGAAGAAUUAUAGUAAGAAUAAUAAUGAUAAAACAUUUAUGUAGCGCUUUGUGGAUGAAUUCCGUAGGCACUUUACAUUUAAAUGAAAGCGAGUUGUAUUCAUUUAUUGUCUCUCCCAUGAUUUGACAUCAUAAUUAAUAUCGGCCCUCUUCUAUUCUAUGGCAAAUUAAUGACACACAAUCAUGUGUACAUCACAUUUUCAUUUUUGUGAGUCACGUAUAUAUCCUUUUGUGUAUGUUGAAAUGUAAACAGGUCUUCAUCUUGUCAUCUGUUAUAACAGACUCAUUUGCCUCUGGGCAUGCUUGCGACUGUUUGUUUGUACUAUCUACUGUAUUGUACUAGUGAAAAAAAAAAUAAAUACAACACAGUCAUGGGUAUCACUUAAGUGAGUCCUAUUAUCAUCAGCAGUCUUCGUCAGCUCCAUCAAUUGUAUAUACUGUAUAUGGUGCAUACAACUGUUAAUUAUUCUUAUUGUCAUAUUACGAUAAAAAGUUCAUGAAAAGUAUGCUAUUAAUUUUUAUAAAACACAGAAAAGAUUUUGGAUAUUAGAGGAUAAAGUUUUGUUGAGUUGUAGCUGUUGAUAAGGUGUUCACCGUCCAAUCACAGGCUCUCUGUCACAUCAUAUAAAUGUUUUAUUUUCUUUCCACUAAAAAUAACUUUAUUCUCCAAUAAGACUAAAUUAAAGCCCUAAGUGUAUAGGACUUUUUUUUUUAGUGGUCAGUUAAUUUAGUCAAUAGAGCAUCACAGGGUUCCAUCCUGUAAUUGGUAAGAAUAUUCAGUGGCAGAUUCAAGGGGUAGGGGGCCAGCCGGCCCUGGGGGCCCCCCCCCUAAAUUUUUUCCAAUAAAAAAAAUUAGAAAAAAAGGAAAUUCUUCUAAAAUUUUGAGUCUAAAGUCCGUCUCCCAGUAUAGGAGUUACAAGAGUUUGCCUAACUCGGCAAACUCAGAAAAAACUUGUAGGACGAUUCGGAAAGCUCGUAGCAGCUCUGAACUUGUGGUGCUAAUUUUGAACAUGUUCAAAAUUAGUGCCACUAACUCAUAGUAAACUCCUACCUAGCUCGUACACUGCAGUACUAUAGUAUUAUUAUUAUUAUAAUAAUAUUAUAAUUAUAAUUAUAGUAUUAUUAUUAUUAGUAUUAUUAUUAUAGUAUUAUAGUAUAUUUAUUACAGUACUCUGUAUACUCGUCGGCGGAUUUGUCAUCUACGAGUUUGAUGCGAGCAUUCCGAAACGAUUACGAGUAAGUAUGAGCGCACUGAGUUGGCUUGUACCUAACUCGUAUCUAAUUCGGUACAAAUUGUUAUGCUCAUAAUAAUCUCUUAGUUAACUCAGUGCUCUGCUCGGCAUAAUUCAUACAUAACUCGUAACCUAGUCCAUAAGAUCGUAUAGGUCCUUUCUAAAGAUCACAAGUUUCAAGAGUUAUUAAAUUGUAGAAAUCGUGCGACUAUUAGGUGAGAUACACCUAGGUGGGAAAGGGGCCAUUUCUGGCCAUCUAGAGGUGCCAUAAUCAUAAAUGUUUUUACUCAGCACCAACCAUGAGGUAGUAUAUCCCCUCCAUCUGUGAAAGUCCCUCUCUGGGCCUCCCUCUAUUUCAAAUUUAUGGAUCAGCCACUGAUAUUUGCUUAUGAUUGAGAAAUAAAUAAAACAAGACAACUAUAAAUGUGUGAAUAUACCACUUUAAAUUUAUCACGUAUUUAAAACGUAUUUUUAGUGGGUGGCCCUUCCAGCUAGACUGAUUGUUGAAGGGUCCUACUACACAUAGCAUUUUCUGUAGAUAAUAGCAUAGUAUCCAUCUAGUUAUGUUUUAAAAUCUUAUAAUAAAACAUGUGCCAAAUUGUUGACAAAAGCUGCUGAAAUUAUCAACAAAUUCAUUAAAGUUGUGGUCAAAUCCAAAGAAUUUCAUGUUGCCACAAUAGUUAUAUGAAUAUAUUUUAAGGUAUGGUUCAAUGAUUUAUUAGGAACAUCAAAAAGUAACAAGAAACCAUAUUUUGUUAAUUUGUUUGAACAUUUUCAGGAAUUAAUAAUUAUUUUCUAUACUAAUGAUAUAAUGACAUAGUUGAUAUCUUUAAUUACUCUUCAAUAUGUUAUUUGUUCACUCUGUAUUCUGAAAUUGCAUGUUCUGGAAAUUUUGUUAAUUGUCAUUGAAAGUAGACAGCAGAUGGCCUGAUUGGUAACCCUGAGAUAUUUUAUUUUGUUGUCUACAAAGUAAUGUAUUAGUCAUUCUUGUGACAGUAUGGUCAAUGAACACACACACAAUGUGUGUUAAGGCAGGCUCAGUCACUGCUGCAAAUGGUUGUUGACGCAAUUCCAUGAAGACUGCGAGGCGCACAUCGAGUUGUCGCCCAGCGGAUUGUUUUAAAGAUGAUCUGCUCAGGCUGAUACCAAAAUUCAUGCAACAAUUUUACACAUAAGCGCUCAUAAAGAGCACAUCCGAUUCGUUGUUUACAUUACUUUUAUAACAGUAUGAACCAACGUUUAUGUACUGUACCAUACCAUCAAUAACAAUGUAAAGCUGACUCACUUUUCAAUUUUGUUUCUUGUAUACAUAUAAAAUAUUUAUUUUUAGAAGUCUAGUUGCAAAUUUUAUUUUUUUGCUUUCCUUUAUGUUAAAAUAUUAAUACAACACUGUGCAAUUUUAUAUGUAUUUAGCUUAGCUAUUUCACAAUGUUUACAAUAUAAUAACCAGUGUAUAGAAAACAACUCAAGUUUCAAUUUCAUUUGUACCACAAAUAAUUCUUUCAUUUAGACUAAAUUUAGCAAGGAAAAAAGUGUCGGAAAAAUUAUAUUUUGAAAAGUAUGAAUUAUCAAAAAGUAUACUAUAUUUCAACCCAUUC